AUGGAAACAACGAGCGUUUCAUCAUCGAGGAUUCAGAAAUUCGAAUUAGAAGAGGAUAACGAGCUGCGAUUUGUCGUUUCGGGACGGGAAGAAGUGACACUGGAAUUGAUUAACGGGAGUGCUGAAGUGUUUGGAAGUGUGGUCGAGAAGAACAAGAAGUACAUCUUUCCACCAGGUGCCAGAGUGGCCGUUUUCACGUGGAAAAAGGCGACCGUUGAGUUGAUCGGCACAGCAAAUGCCUAUGUUUCACCUGAAACACCAAUGAUAAUGUACAUCAACUUGCACGCAGCGCUAGAACAAUUGCGAAGAAUUGCCGAUAAUCCCACAGAAAAAGAUCGAGUUGGACAAGGACCAAGAAUUAUGUUAGUUGGACCGACCGAUGUGGGAAAAAGCACGCUCUCAAGAAUCUUGUGCAACUACGCGGUGAGACAAAAUCGAUCACCGAUUUUUGUGGAUCUGGAUGUCGGACAGAACUCAAUAUCAGCGCCGGGAACGAUUGGAGCCAUACACAUCAAUCGACCAGCCGAUGUCGUUGACGGAUUUGAAAGGACAAAACCGAUCGUCUAUAACUAUGGUUCACUUCAACCCGGGGACAACAAUGCUCUCUACGAGAAACUGCUCAUCACUCUUUCACAAGCUGUUAGCGCAAAAACAGUCGAGAACGUUGAGACUGGAAUUUCGGGUGUGAUCAUUAAUACAUGCGGAUGGAUUGCCGAUGGAGGGUAUGCGGCAAUCGUUCAAGCGGCACAGCAUUUUGAGGUGGAUAUAGUGGCGGUUCUCGAUCAAGAACGUCUCUACAAUGAGUUACAGAAAACUCUUCCUAAAUUUGUGAAGAUUGUUCAUCUACCAAAAUCUGGCGGUGUUGAGGUCAGAUCCUCGGAAGUGAGACUGAAGUCGAGAAAUAUGGCGGUGCAGCGGUAUUUCUACGGAACGCGUGGUGAACAAUAUUUUCCACAUCAAUUUGAUGUCCCGUUUGAUGAGGUAACAGUUGUAAAAGUCGGUACGGAAAGUGUUCCCGAAGAGUGUUUGCCGGUAGGAAUGAAACCAGAAGACUACAGUGCAAAGGUGGUGCCCUUCCCGAUUUCGCCCGAACUACGACAUCACGUUCUUGCUCUUUCACCAUUUGAUAGUCUCACUCAGGAAAUUUCAACGACACCAGUGUUCGGAUUUGUUGUCGUUAAAGAAGUGGAUAUGAUAGAAAAGAAGAUGACCGUUUUGUGCCCAAGAAACGAGCUUCCAUAUCCGCGGAUAUUCGUCUAUACAAAAAUUGAAUUCUUAGAUGAUCAUAAUGUUCCAAUG